GGUAUCAAGCUUCAUUACAACAUUUUGUCUCACUCGGGGAAUGUAGCUCGGCUGUACUGCGAAGUUUUCAUCAAGAAAUUAUUAAACAACGCUAGACCGAGACAUGGAGACGACAGUACACAUUUCUGUGGUGAAGUAACAGGAUAUUUUCAUAGGCUUGUUUCCCACUUCUGAGCAUCUACAACUCUGUAAUUCAAGCAGGGGACAGACGACAGAGACUACUAGACAUCCUGUACAAGCUUCUUGUCACUAUGUCGUAGCUAACAGUAACCCAGCCCCCUCCCCUGACCAUCCUGUCCCUUUAACCCCAUCCUCCAUCUUCAUCCCUCUCCCAGUGGUCUCUCCUUAUGUGCUGAUUUCUGGUUGUAGUACCAGCAGCACCCCUUUUAGUGCGAUGAGCAGCCUGCACCAGCAACAUCAUGGCAGUACAGGCUCAGAGCGAGAUAUUCACUCUGCUGCCUCCUCUGUCAGCCUCCCUUCAGUUAAAAAGACCCCCAAGAAGCGCAGAUUGUCCUUACAUUCACUUUUUGGUCGCCGCCGACGCCAUGAUCGUGAUCCAAAGCGCAAGUCCAGGCCUCUUCAGGCUGGAGUGGAUGGCAUCGUCAGCUCCGAAAUCAUCCAGCCAGAGGCUCUCCAGGACAAGACCUCCUCACACUCUGCACUGGCCGCAGUAUCAACUUCAUCGGUGUCGGGCUCUUCAUCAGACCUGAUGGAGUGCCCAUUGUGCCUCCUGCGUCAUGCACGCGACCGCUUCCCUGACAUCAUGACCUGUCACCACCGCUCCUGUGCGGACUGCCUGAGGCAGUAUCUGCGCAUCGAGAUCUCAGAGUCCCGUGUCAACAUCUGCUGCCCCGAAUGCUCGGAGCGCUUCAAUCCUCACGACAUCCGAAUGAUCCUGGGGGAUCGAGCCCUCAUGGAGAAGUACGAGGAGUUCAUGCUCAGAAGGUGGCUGGUGGCUGAGCCUGACUGCCGCUGGUGCCCAGCUCCUGAUUGUGGAUAUGCAGUCAUUGCGUUCGGCUGUGCCAGCUGCCCAAAGAUCACCUGUGGCCGUGAGGGCUGUGGGACCGAGUUCUGCUACCACUGCAAACAGCUGUGGCACCCAAACCAGACAUGUGACACAGCACGGCAACAAAGAGCCCAAACCUUCAGGCUGAGGAGUUUCAGGUCCUCCUCCCUCAGCUACAGCCAAGAGAGUGGAGCUGCAGGUGACGACAUCAAGCCAUGCCCGCGAUGUGCUGCCUACAUAAUCAAGAUGAAUGAUGGAAGCUGUAAUCACAUGACGUGCGCCGUCUGCGGCUGCGAGUUCUGCUGGCUCUGCAUGAAGGAGAUCUCAGACCUGCACUAUUUGAGUCCAUCAGGCUGCACCUUCUGGGGAAAGAAGCCCUGGAGCAGAAAGAAAAAGAUCCUCUGGCAGCUUGGCACGCUAGUUGGAGCACCUGUGGGCAUCGCACUCAUAGCUGGCAUCGCUAUUCCUGCUAUGAUCAUUGGCAUCCCCGUCUAUGUGGGAAGAAAGAUCCAUAAUCGCUACGAGGGUAAGGACAUCUCAAAACACAAGAGGAACUUGGUGAUUGCUGGUGGUGUGACGCUGUCUGUGAUUGUGUCUCCUGUGGUGGCCGCAGUAACUGUUGGUAUCGGCGUUCCCAUCAUGCUGGCUUACGUAUACGGAGUCGUUCCAAUCUCUCUUUGCCGGAGCGGGGGCUGUGGAGUGUCAGCCGGUAACGGCAAAGGAGUACGAAUUGAGUUUGAUGACGAAAACGACAACAUAGGCAGUGGGGCUGCAGCCACAGACACCACCUCUGUGGCUGAGACGCGGCUCAACAACCCGAGUCUUGGAGACGGAGCGAGCGUCGGCGGCCUGACUGGAUUGAGCCUCAGUGUCAGUGGGAGCCACAUGGAGCGCUGCGGCAUGAGCUCAACUCAGCGGGACAACAUGAGCGACAACGCCAGCACCACGGCGCUUGCGGGGACCAGCAUCACAGGCAGCCUCUCAGGAAGCUGCUACAACAGAAUGGAAGUUCAGGCCGAUGUCCAGAAAGAGCGCUGCAGUCUGAGCGGAGAGUCUGCCACUGUCAGCCUUGGGACGAUCAGUGACAAUGCGAGCACAAAAGCCAUGGCAGGAUCCAUCCUCAACGCCUACAUGCCUCUGGAAAGAGAUAACAGUUUGGAGGUUCAGGCCGAUGUGGAAUCAAAACAAGAGAAAGUGAGGCACUGCAGCGCCAGCAGCAGCCUGGAUGAAGCCAGCUGUAGCAGCAGCACCACCGGCCUUAAAGGGGCAAGCGGCGGAGCAUGUUCCUGCCCAUCCACCAGCUGCUGUUCACAGCACGACCACAACUGCUGCCCCUGCUCCAUCCCCUCCACCUCAGGGGGCAAGAGGAGCAAAGGAAAGCUCUGGAAGAGAGGCAGCAGCAGUAGCAGCAGCAAAGGAGAGACAAAAACGAAUGAGGCACGGGGGGAUAUGGAUGCUCAGCUCCUGGAGCAGCGUAGCACCAACUCUUCUGAGUUUGAUUCUCCGUCUCUGAGCGGCAGCCUGCCCUCUGUAGCGGACUCGCACUGCAGCCACUUCUCAUCUGAGCUCAGUUGCUCGGACCCUGAAACCUCCAAACCAGCUCAUGCUCCCUGCUCUUCCACCACUACAGACCCUCAGCCUCAUCAUCCCGCCCCCACCGCCUUCAACGAUGUCGCCAUCACACCCAUGCCUGAGGUGGAGCACGACCGCCUGGAGCAUUAUCCACCUCAGGGCAGCCACGCAGCCUUCACACACCGCCUGCUGUCCACAUCACCACCUGCAUCGCCAAAAGAGGGGAGCAGUGGGACGUUUUUGUACAUCAGCGAGGAGAGCCGAGGCAACAUGACAGAAACGGAUCCAGAGGACAAGAAAAUAAAAGAGUCAACCAAAAACGCUGCAGCACAUCCUGUAAGUCCAACAAGGAAGCGCUGCAUACAGACAGACAUUUAAAGGAGCUCUCUUUGGUGAUUGGCAGUGUUCCUACUGCUGAAUCAGUUAGCCUUAUCAUUUAAUUUCACUCAUGAGUGAAGCAUCUUUGGAAGCUUAAGGCUACAGAUAUACAUCUAAUUAUAUUUUUAUCUGCUGUGGAGGCAGGAAUGUCACGUGAAUGUCAGUCUACAGUCACAGAGAGGGUCCAGGUCCAAGUUGGAGAGAGAUAUUUGAACAGAAGCAAAGGAAAGUUAAAGCAAGAUUAGUUUGCAGCAGAAGUUUUAUUCUGUGGUUGAAGCGUCACAUGGAGCAGUGAGGUUUAAAGCAGGUAGAGCUGAAUGUACGUGGACAGGUGUAGGUUUGUUAUCAGGCAGGUGAGACGCCACAGAAAGCCCAUCCAGCUGUUAUGAUGAUCUGCAAAGUCUGUCCCCUGAUUUACUCUUCUUAAUCCGAGCUCACAUUGACGAAAAGCAGACCUGAUAAAGCUGGAAUGGAGAAAAUGUUAUUUUUAAUAGUGAAGUCAAGCUGCUACCUUAAAGCCUGAACUUUUAUUUCCUUUAACAUCUGCAAGUAUCUUUUUUUUCAUUGGGGUUUUGCAUGAAUCAGGGAUGGAUGCGUCAUCACUGUGGUCCACCGCUGUGCCACCACUUCACUCUUCUUAAAACAGCACGAGAAACACCACACAGCUAAAGGAUUGUGGUACCUCAUAGGGACCAGUCAAUACAGUAGCAAAUUUUAUAUUUCCUUAAUCAUCUAUUAGAAAAAUAUAUUUGUUGUUUUUUUGUUUUUAAAAAAAAUGUGACUUUUGUUUUUGUGCUUCUGUCUUUUGCUUAUUUUUAUUUUCCAUUUUGGGAAAGUUGGUUUUCAUGUUGAAGCCCUGUGUUGGGUCCACCAUUUUAGUGUAAAUGGGUGGGAAAUUUCUUUACAAACUCACCUACCUAUCUUACUUUUUAAAGAUUGAAAAUUUAAACAGUUUCAAGCUGGCUGAUGCUAAGUUUUCUCCACAUUUUAUGUGAAUCUAUUUUGGUUUAUUAGAGAAAUUAAAGGGAAUUCCAUUACUCUGAGUAACUGAGAAAAGCCCACUCUUGCAUUUUCUACUUCUCGUGACCAUACACUCAAACUGGAAAGUCAACAAAACAACAGAUUUGCAAUAAGAAACUUAAGCUUUCAGCUGGAGCAGAUGUUAAUCUGCUCUGAUUUACUUAAAGGUGCAAUGAGAAAAUGCUGGUGUGUAUUUGAGCACCUCCAUCCAUCAGUGAGCUAAUCUUCAGUAGUGAAUGUAUGACGAUGACAACGUUACAUUUUUGAUCCUCCUUCAGUAAAAAAUCUAAAUGUUUUUUAAUUCUUUUGGUGUAUUUUAACUGCAAAAUGUUUUUCUUAAAACCUUCAAUUGAUUCAUGCAAAUAUUCAUGUUAUAUUUGUUGGACCCGCAGUGCCUUCAGGGGGAAAAUCCUCAAUUAAGUGUGUAUUUUAAUUUUUACAUUCCCCCUUUAUGUAUGUCUUCAAAUGAUAAACAUAAAAAUCACAAUGGAAGGAGUAAUAUUGGCCUCCUAAAAGCUUAAUAUCUAACCUCCUACGAGUGCUAAGACUUGUGGUCACAUUGUUUUGUUUAGCCUACCAAAGACUGCUUUCAGGCUACGACAGUUUAAUGAAAUCGCUUUAUAAAACAGCUGAUGGAGAUUAUUUUGACUAAAUUCACUUUAACACAUAAGGAAAGUUUAGUUUAUAAGGUCCAAAAUUAUAGGUAAUAAAAACAGAGUACAACCCUGGAUUAACCCAGUUGUUUUAGAAGUACUUUAAAUUCAAGAUCAAAGUUUGGUUUUGUUGUUACUUUAAGGAAUAAUCCUUUGAAAAAGUUUGAAAAGUUGCUUAAGUUGAUUUACCUGGGUUGCUUGUUAGCCACUGUCAGCAAUAAAACCCUGUUUUUAUCCAAAGUGAUCAUCAGGAGUGACUUAAAGCCUCAGACGCUGUGUUCAGCGGUUUGCUGAGCCGUCUGGUUUUACAGUUUGUCAUCAGAGAGGUCGGUGCAGCUCCAAAAGCCUCCAGCUGCAGAGUUUCUCUCACUUCUUUCUGUUAAAGACACCUGAUAAAUACCUGUGAGUUUUUAUAUUAUUAUUUGAAGAUUUGUGCCAGGUCGAUUUUCUAACUUGGUCAAAAGAAGCUUUUGCUCUUUGAAAACAAAGUAUAUAUUCCCUAAUUAUUUGCUUUAUAAUGUGCAUGUAAAUGCAUAUCCUUAAACAAUAAAAUUCUCAAUCAAG